AUGACUCGUGGGGAGCCAGCGGAGCUGGACUCAGCUGAUUCCGUGGCUGACCUGUUACCGCGGAAGAGGGCCAGACGGGCCAUUCCAGCGGAGGAAGCUCAUGGCAUCAGCCAGGCAAAUGCGGUCGCUGCUUCUCCCGUCAAACGGAAGCGAGGACGCCCAAGCGCUGCUUCAAGGCUAGAGAGCAUUGCUGCAUCGGCCAACAAGUCUGUAUACGAUGUUCCCUCGGAUGAAGAUGGCCGGAAUGAAACGCCGUCGCAACCAUCCAAAUCUGUGGCCAAUGCGGAAACACCCAGUUGGAGGAGAAACGAUCGCUCUGCUCGCAAGAAGAGUGCGAGAGCCCUCAUUGAAAGUGUCGUAGCGGGCAAUGCGAGUGACGAUGAUGAGGAGGACCAAGACAUCGCCAGAGAGAUCUACGAAUCGAGCGAUGAAGAUGAUGUGGACGAGCUGGGAUAUCGCCAUCAAGGGCAGGACGACCAGGAAACCAACGACCCUAGUGCCACCCCUUCAAGGAAAUCUCGUGGUCGCAGCAAAGGCACGGCAACGAGAGCACGAAAGAAGUCACCAACACCUCCGCCCCAUCUCCCCCCUCAUGAGCUAUAUUUCGCUCAAACCCGGCCAGGUGCAUCCAAGACAUCAGCCAACAGUCUCGCCGCACUCCAACUGCUGACCCACGACGAGUACUUCUCUAUAUGGAAUGACUACAACGACCCGCAUCAUGAAGAUGUCCAGUUCUUGCAAGAUCUACACGCCGACUCCUUCCCACAAUGGGUCUUUGAGCUCUCCCAGGGGUUCAGUAUCUGCGCAUAUGGCUUCGGGUCAAAACGACCUCUAUUGCAAAAGUUUGCGAAUCAUCUCUAUGCAGCAACCCCAGACCAUGUAAGAAACAAAAUCGUCAUCGUCAACGGCUACGUACGGAACACCUCGAUCCGGGAAAUCCUGGGAACCAUAGGAAGCGCCGUCGACCCGUCCCACAAGCUACCUGCUGGUAAUCCUGCAGCUUUGUUGGACAAUAUCAACUCAUUGCUAUCUUCGCACGAUAUCAACAUAACAAUCAUACUGAACUCCAUUGAUUCCAUCCCCCUGCGCAAGCCAGGAAUGCAGGCUAUACUGGCUCAGUUAGCUUCCCAUGCUAGUGUACAACUCAUCUGCUCCUCUGAUACUCCCGACUUCACCUUGCUAUGGGAUAGUGGCCUUCGCUCUGCUUUCAACUUUACAUUUCAUGACUGUACAACAUUCGCGCCAUUCUCUGCUGAAAUCGAUGUUGUGGAUGACGUGCACGAGUUACUGGGCAGAAAAGCCAGACGUGUCGGUGGGAAGGAAGGUGUCGCAUACGUCCUACGGAGUUUACCAGAGAACGCGAAAAGCCUGUUUAGGCUCCUUGUUACUGAAGUUCUUGUAGCUGCGGACGACGAAGGUGUGUUUGCUGGUGAAAAUCCCGGAGUGGAGUACCGUAUGCUGUACGGCAAAGCCGUGGAGGAAUUCAUCUGCAGCUCGGAGAUGGCUUUCCGAACGUUGCUGAAGGAAUUUCACGACCACCAAAUGAUUACCAGCCGCAAAGAUGUUCUUGGCACUGAACUGCUAAGCGUACCAUUCAGAAAGGAGGAGCUAGAGGCUAUGCUAGAAGACCUCAUGGUCUAG